AGAGUGUCUGAAGAGGAUCAAUAAGGUGUUGAGAGCAGUCUCCGUCGGCACAGAAAGGGAGAAACAUCAGAGCAGAGGGAAGCUGUGGACAUUCACAAGAUGGUGAAGAUGCAGUGGAGUCUGUUGGUGUUGAUUGUGAUGGGUCAGUGUUCCUCCAUUGGGGGUCAGCUGUGUGACUACCACUUCAUUGGAGAGAAUAUGACCUGGAAAGAAGCCCAGGAUUAUUGCAAAAAGAACCACACUGACCUGGCCACAGUGUCUAACCAGACAGACAUGAAGAGACUCCUUGACUCCAUGACUGAACAGUAUCAAGACGGAGCCUGGAUUGGGCUGCAGCGAGACUGGCGCUGGUCUCAGUCAGGGGUGGAGUUCAACGACAGUAAGCGUGAAUGGUCUCCAGGACAGCCGGAUAAUAAAGACAAUCCUGAGUACUGUGUGAGGAUGAAUGUUGGCAAUUGGGAUGACAUCUCUUGUUCUACACCAUAUCCUUUUAUCUGCUAUGAUGAACACAACAAGACCGGCAAAACAUUUUAUAUCAGUGACGAUAACAAUAUGAAGAACUGGACAGAGGCUCAGAGAUACUGCAGAGAUAAUCACACUGACCUGAUCAGUGGAGUCAAACAGCUGGAAGACUUCAAGAAACAGCACCCGAAUUAUGCAACGUGCCCGAAUCCUGGGAUAAUGCUGAACCUAAGGAUAAACAAGACCCUAAGAAGCUAUGUGCUAUGA